AGAGCGUCUGGCGUGGAGAUUUCCGGGACCUGCAGGAGCCGAAGGCUUUUCCCUCACUGGAUAUGGCUGCGGCCGGCGAGCGACCCAGUCGUCCGUGAGGAAAGGGAGGCCAGGCUUUUCCGAGAUCGUCUCAGCGAUGGCGCUUCGGUCGCGGUUCUGGGGGUUGUCCUCGGUUUGCAGGAACCCUGGGUGCGGGUUCGCAGCUCUCUCCACCAGCUCCAAGCCAGCGGCGACACCUGAGGUGCACCCCGUGGAAAACGAAGCUGUCGCCCCAGAGUUCACCAACCGGAACCCCCGGAACCUGGAGCUCUUAUCUGUAGCCAGGAAAGAGCGGGGCUGGCGGACCGUGUGGCCCUCCCGCGAGUUCUGGCACAGGUUGCGAGUUAUAAGGACUCAGCAUCAUGUAGACGCAUUUGUGGAGCAUCAAAAUGGCAAGGUUGUGGUUUCGGCAUCCACUCGAGAAUGGGCUAUUAAAAAGCACCUUUAUAGUACCAGAAAUGUGGUGGCUUGUGAGAGCGUAGGCCGAGUGCUGGCACAGAGAUGCUUAGAGGCAGGAAUCAACUUCAUGGUCUACCAACCAACGCCAUGGGAGGCAGCUUCGGACUCGAUGAAACGACUACAAAGUGCCAUGACAGAAGGUGGUGUGGUUCUACAGGAACCUCGGAGAAUCUAUGAAUAAAUGGAAGCAUUAAUUGUUUUGAACAUAUAAAACCAUCAACUACUACAGCCGUGAAAAGAGAACAUCGAAAGAACAGCCAGCAUGGAAGUUUUACAGCAGUAAUGUCACAGUGGAGUAUUAUUUGUAGUUAAGGUCAUCCUCCUCCCCUUUCUGUUUUUUUAAAUCAGGAACUGCAGUCUGCCCCUCUCUUGGACUUGAAACAGAUCUAAGAAAAGCAGUCAUCAAUUAUAAUUAACUUUCAAAGGACAAGUCAGAAGUUGUUUAUAAAUUACAAAAUAAAUGCAUAUUAUGAACUC